CUCAACCAACCAUUUGGUGGACACGAUUAACGAGCACAGAAACACGGGCAAUCUGCGAGUUCAUGGAUACAGAGGAUAGAGCCACCGAUCAUGAAGAAAGAACUACGCUCCUGCACGGCCUGCGGUGAGCCGAUAUCGGACAAGUUCCUGCUGGACGUCGGAGGCUGCUCGUGGCACUCGGCCUGCCUUCGGUGCUGCAUCUGCCACACGCCCCUCGAUCACCAGCCAUCGUGUUUCCUGCGCGAGCAGCAAAUCUACUGCAAAACGGAUUACGCCAAGACGUUCGGCACGAAGUGUGCACGGUGCAGCCGCACGAUCAGUGCCACCGAUUGGGUGCGACGCGCUCGCGAUCUUAUUUUCCACCUAGCCUGCUUUGCCUGUGAUAGCUGUGGGCGCCAGUUGUCCACCGGCGAACAGUUCGCCCUCGUAGAUGAUAAGGUACUGUGCAAGACGCACUACUCGGAGAUGUUCGACUGCGGCACCUCGAGCGAUGACGGAUGUGAAGCGGAUGGCUACCAGAAGAACAGCAAGACCAAGCGCGUCCGGACCACGUUCACCGAGGAGCAGCUGCAGAUACUGCAGGCUAACUUCAACAUCGACAGCAAUCCGGACGGGCAGGAUCUGGAGCGGAUCGCGUCGGUGACCGGGCUGAGUAAGCGCGUCACACAAGUUUGGUUCCAAAAUUCACGCGCUCGCCAGAAGAAGCACGUUCAAGUUCCUAGAGACGGCGAAAUCAACCCAUUCGCCAGGCACAUCAACCUGCAGCUUUCGUACACCUUCCAGCACUCGAACGUGGGGCACAGUCCGCUGCAUCUCGGAGGAGGACUCGGAGGGCCCCCUUACGGUGGUGGAGGUGCUGGUAGUAACAACAGCAGCUUCGGUAGUAGCCACCACCACAAUAACAAUAGUAGCAACAUAAACAACAAUCACUCUUCGAAGUCAUCGGUCUACAGCACGCAAGAUUCUUCCCUAGACGAGCUGUCGGAGGACUCCGCCAUCCACUGUAUGCAGAGCGAAGCGUAG